AUGACGAAUAUAAUAUCGUCUGCCCUGUUCUCUAAAACUUUUGUCAACAUUCAAUCACUGAUUUCAACACCUCCUCGUACGACGACAGCAGACGCAGGAUUCGAACUACAAUAUCCUGAUCCAUCGAAAUCUCCUGCGUUGUCAACUACUUCAACAGCUGAGGGUGGAGGGUCGUCUCCUAUUCUUCCACCUCUACCAGAACCAACCAUUUACGGUCAUACCAUCGAUCUUUUUGGAACUCCGCCUUCACGCCCGCCAUCAGAACCUCGAACGGACACGAGUGCAUUCUUUACAGCUAGUUGGGGAUCUCCGUAUCAGCACCCAGUAGGAUCUUCGGUUGGAAGUCGUUCACUCUAUCGAAGUGCGUACAGUGAAGCUUCAGAAGACUCGGAAGAUCUGCCAAUUCGUCAUCUUGAGUUGCACACGCCGUUCUUGCGUCCUCCUCCAGCUUUCACAAGGUCCCAGACAGAACCGGAUUUUGUGUCCCACGACGGUCUCAUCAGCGCAGCCGUACUAGCCAACCGAGCUCGACGUCCAGCACAUCGAUUGACGGAAGAUUGGAUACGUCAACAUACAGGCGGCGGAUCAACCGAAAGGAACAACUGGCUCAGUGACGAUCCUGGAGAAAGUGAGAACUCUUCAUUGAGCGGAUCAAUCUCAGGGGGCGCAGCGAAUUCUUCGGCUUUAGAAUCCGAUCCCAGAACUCCCACUUUACAAAGACCUUCACAACCGAGUCACGAGCCAAGGUGGGAUUUCGGAAGUGGUCAUCGAAGAAAGGAUACCGGGGAAACUUUGACACAAGCAGAUAUUGCCUCUUCAGUACGCAACGAAUCCUCCAAUAUGUCCGCCAGAAAUGAAAAUGGUUUGCAGAGAACUUCGGCAAAUCAUACACCAGUAGACGAGAAACCUCUUCCUCCUCCACCUCUAAUGGCACAAUGGGCAGCCAAAGCUCUGCCUAAUCCGACGCCAUCUCCCACUACCCCGCUCGCGCCACGGUUGAAGAAGAAAGUCCCGUGGAAGGGAAAAAAUAUCUUGGUUUUACUUCCUUGGGAUGAAGAUCGCGGUAAGAGGGGAGGGGCACCAAAACCCAUGACACAAAAAGAUGUGGUUGGUAUGCUGAAAGAUUGGGAGGAAUUGGGUUAUGAUACCAGUGGGUUCAACCUUGGCUCUGAUGAUGGAGGUGAAGGAGGUCCCGGUCAGAGCCGAAAUGGUUGGCCGCUCAUGGCGGAUGUGGAUGCUGAGAGAGAUCAGAGAAAUUUCAGAGUCAGUAUUCCUGACAAGAGCGAAUGGGACGCUUAUGUCGAAGAGUUGAAAGAAGCCAAAUUACGAGCUCUGGGUGUUUCCUUGGGAGAUGAGGACCCAAUUCCUAUAAUAUCACCAGCGAUAGCAAGUUUGAGUCGUCGCACUUCAAUGCAAUACCCACCAUUGCCAUUUUCACCUCCCAUACCAACUUCGUCGGCAGCGAGUAGCCAUAUGGCUCAUAAUUCUAAUCUUCCUUUCUCUCCCGCUUUGAUGCCCGGCAAUGGUUUAUCCACAAGUCAAAGUUCUAAUCAAGGCUCUAUUCCUUCUCCUGCUUCAAUGCAUGCGCACUUGCAUGGAAAACUUGGUGGUAUGAGACACAAUUCGGUGUCGUUUGGAAAUGGGGAUCAUCCUUUUGGAUCACCUUUUCAAUAUCCACAACCAACCUCAUCCCCAGGUGUUUGGUCUCCACAACAAUUGCUAUAUCAGCAUGGACAUAGAAGUGGGUCUCCUUCAAUGCAUAAUUUGGGCUCUAUCAGAUCGCCCGCUUCACCUCUUUCUCAGGAUGGUUACUUUCCACAAGGCCCUAGUGAUGCCAUGUCACGACAAGUUUUCAUGCAAAACCAAUUGCUAGCAGGUACCCGUGCUCGUGCAUCUCCAAGUCUGCAAGAAGUCCGUGAGAGCGAAGAUGAACAAACAGUGGAAGUGCCCGUUCCAAGCAAGAGUCCAUCCAAGACACCAACCUUGGAAGCUAAACCAAACAUCAAGCAUAAUGCGAGCGCAAGCUUACAGAGAGAAAUUGAUGAUGCUGAGUAUCAUCUCGAGGAACAGUUUCAAAGACAGCUUGACGGUGAUGAUUAUAGUCCUCACUCCGAUCAUGGGGAAAUGGAUAAACAAUUUGAGAACAAACCUGUACCUCACGUGAGGAAUACUUCAAUUGUUGGUGGUGGACUCGGAUCCUCCCGAUUUACAAUAGAAACAACUGAAGAGGGACCCGUACUUCAUCACCCGCAACCUCACAGUCGCGGCCAUUCCCUAUCUCAACGCCCAUUCCAGGAUUCUGAGCACGAUACUUCGAGUGGUGAAUCGAAGACUGCAUUACGCGGUAUGAAGGAAAAUGCGAAAUACGACUUGUCUGACGUUGAGACUAAUCCUAGCAAUAUGGGUACACCGACUUUACAAAAUCGUGUACCUGCGUUUGGUCAUGAUAGGGACAUUUCUAUGUCGACUAAUCCAUGGCUUGAUGCUGCAUCUACUCAAUUGAAGAUCAACCAACCUAUUCAUCGUGCCAACAAGCAAUCUAUGUCAACAUUAAAUGUCGCAGCGCGCCCUUUCAAUUUCAAUCCAGCCAACUCUUUCCAACCGAAUCAAUUCUCUUUCACUGGUGGCAACUUUCAGCCAGCACACACAGCUGUUAAUUAUGUACCAUUUGCGCAUCAAGGGCCUUUACCUAGUGCACCCGGACUUUCUGGCAAUCACACUGUGAAGAAUUCAUUCGGUAAAAUGAAUGCCCCAGCGCAAGUAUUUUCUCCGAACUUGCCGGGAUUCGUACCAGGACACAGCGAAUUUAACUUUCAGGGACCGAGCUUUAGACCUGAUGCACCAACAUUUACUCCAAGCUUUUCAAGCUCUAUCACUUCUACGGGUGAAGCAUCUGGAAAUGAAGCUCCCCAAAACCCCAUCUUUGGUGGCCUCGACUUGAAUUCUCUUAGCACUUCGAAACCUUCCAAGAAGUCGAAAGCGAUUCCUAUUGUUCGUCCUGAUAGUAGUCAUUCGAAAGAGACUGAAGAAACCGAAGAAACGCUGGAAGGUAAAGACGGCCGCCCGAUGCAAAACCCAAACAAUAUCAAGAGGAUGCGUAGGGAUAAUGAUGAUGGAGAUUCAGUACCUUUGUUUGCUGAGCCAAGUGAACCUCUUCAAGAGACUACUCGAGAACAGUCAAGUUCAAAAUUGCCCAAUGUUUCUUCUAUUGAUGAUGAUAAGGAAAACUUUGCACCUUCGAAUGAAAGUGCAGAUGAAUUACCUACCGCUAACGUGAACGGUAAGCCACCCAGUGGUGCGGACUUUUCGCCAUUUGAAUUCCAACAACAAAAGCAAGCGGAAGAUUUCAAUGCUGCAAUUCCAUUCACCGCACAAAGAUAUGAAUCUGGUCUUCCUGGAUAUGGAGUUGACACCGUCGACUCGGAAGAUGAUACACAAGGUGCCGAUGAGACUGCACCUAAACAAGAUUUACACUCGCAGACAGCAUCAAAUGCAAGUGGAAGUCAACUUGGUCACAGGCAAAUGUCAUCAUCUGUGUCUGCGGCUGAUAAAUCUUUCGAGAAUCAACCAAAGGAGAACUUUGCUUUUACUUUUGGUGGAAGUCAAGCUCCGGUACUCGCGCCAGCUUCUCCGGUUCUUCCAAAGAUUGGUGGCCUCGCAGCCUCGAGAUAUGCUAAUAGUCCAUCGCCGCCUCGGGUACCCGAUUCAGAAUCACCAACCUUACGACCUCAUGAAGUGAAUGAUUUCCAAAAUGCUUUGCCAGGACCUCAAAGUCCACCGCAAUACGAUGUAGACUCUGAAUUGGAGGAGGGUGAGAUUCGAGAGGAUCAGGAUCCAACAUUCGAGGAGAUUGACGCGGUUAUGAGACAUCUUAAUUCAACGGAACGAUCACCAGCUACAGUCUCUAACGGAGAUGAUACUCCAAGAUGGCAUGAAACGAGUCCGCGAAGACAUAUACAGAUUCCUUCGAUGUCAUCUCCGAUUCGUCUUCAUCCCAAUCUUAUGCGGAGCGAUGCUCCAAGUCCAAGUCCAGGUUUAAGACGAUACGCUGAUGAUAGUCAAUUUGGUGAUAUGUCUCCUGAUAGAGUGUACUCUCAUAUGGGAACUGAAGAUGAUCCAUUUGCGGAUCCUCAUUCUACUGUUGCAUUUGGAUCACCCAUUCAUCGUCUCAAUACUGGACAUAGUCUUCCAGUUAGCGAUUGGGAUGAUGUUCUCAGUGAGGGCGAGGAGAUUAAACUUCACGAAAGAAUUGGCUUUUUUGAUAAUCGUGUUAACGAUAUCGUUGGUUCAUUGUUGGCCGAUAGAUUGGAUCCAAUCGAAAGAAUUUUGGAAGGUAUUACAGAUUCUUUGCAAGCGCUACCUUAUUCCAUUAAACCCGAAUCACAUCGCAGAGAACAACGCAGCAUGUCUGGUGCGCUUAGCGAUGCUGAUGAUGAAGAUGAUGAGGAACCUGGAAGAUCUGCUAGUCCAAGAAGGAACGCAAAGUUGGAGAAGAUAAGAAUGGUCGUAUUGGAGGCUUUGAACACUCAUUCGUCGAGACCUCAAACUGCCAUUACCCCAAUAACUGCAUCGAUGUUGCCUGACUCGCGUAGUGUUCUUCAAGCUCUGGAUGAAAUGAAGGAACAUUUCACUCAAUCCUCAAGACCAGCCUUAAAUGUGGAAGACCUCAAGAAGGCUGUUGAAGAAGUUGUUGAAAAGAAAUUACCCGAUUCGGUCAAGAAUGAUGAUGUUUCUGCUAUUCAACUAGCUGAGGCUGAAGCAAAAAUCGCCGCUCUUGAGCAACAAGCCCACUCUAGGUACAUUGAGAUGGAAGAGAGUGCUCGAGCUAGAAUCUCCGAGCUGGAGGAAAAGCUUCAUCGGGCUGAUGAUUGGGUUGAGGAAGAAAUUAAGAAGCGUAGAGCUGCUGAAGAUUCCAAAGCUAUGACAGAAAGACUUUUGGCGAGUUCUUUGGAAGAAGAAACUCGAUUACGACAAAUUGUCGAUGAAAAGAGUUCAAAGAUCGAAAUUGAAUUUGUCAACCGACGAAAGGCUGAAGAUCGUCUGGCUGAAGCUCAACGUCUACUUCGUGUCUCAUCCGAGGAGGAAGAUCGACUUCAUGACGCCAUGUUGGAAAAGGAUGCGAAGAUGCGACAGAUUGCGGAAGACCGUGAUCAUAAGGUGAGAGGGAUUGAAGAGUCAAGAAAUAAGACAACCAUGCGCAUCGCUCUUCUAGAAGCUGCCCAGGAGAACUCUCGCAAGACUGAAGCAGAUCUUACUGCCACGAUCCACAUGGCAGAAUCCGAAUUACGAGAAUCACGUUCGUUAGCGCACAGAUGGCAACUGGAAGCCGAAGGAGCCAUGGAAGCCGCCAAGAGACAUAGCGAGGAUGCGGAACAAGCCAAUGAAACCAAUAGGGACCUCAGGAGGACCAUCGAGACCUUGAAGAACCAGAUGGAGGAAAGUAUCCGAGUCCGCGAAUCCAUGAGAUCGAAAUUAAUGGAUUUGCAGGAGGAUAUGGCCACAGCCGCCCGAAACAUUUCACAAGAAAACUCUCAUCGUGCCAAGAAGGAACAGGAAUUACUUGCCAGACAGGAAGUCCUUGAUGCUAAACUUCAUGCCGAAGCUAGGACAAGGGAACGGCUCGAACUGGAAAUUGAACGAUUGGAAAGUGGCGAGAGACAAGGUAUGAGAGCUAUUAAUGAGUGUAAGAGAUUGGAAGCUCUCGUCAUUGAACUCCGAAAUGAAAAUCAUGCUGCCCAUAAAGAUGUUAUGAGAUACAAGAGAGAGUUUGAGGAGGCUCGCGAAUCUGGCUUGGGUGAAGUUGCACGUACCAGAAAGUACAUGCAAGUCGAGGUUGAGACUGCCAAUAAUGAGGUCAAUGUUGUCAGAGAAGAACUCGAGAAUCAAAUCUCUAGGCUUCAAGCUGAGAUUGAUCUUGUUAAAUUGGAUGCCGAGACUGCAAAGGAACAACAUGAUAUGCUUUUAGAAGCUGCCCAAACUGCCAAGAAAGACAUGUUUGAUGACAUCACAAGAAAGCAUCAAGAUCAACUUGAGGAUUUACAAGAUAAAUUGAAGCGACAACUUGAGAAUACUAUUGUGGAUGCUCAAAGAUCAGAGCAACAUCUUUUGGAGCGAUUGAGUUUGAGCACGGCCAAAACAGAACAUCUUCAAGAUCGUGUUAGUCAUUUGGAAGAUAAAUUGGAGGUUGCCAGGUCUGCUGCACAAGCCGCUGCUACUCAUGCUAAAGCUGCAAGAUCUGCAAGUGUAGCUGGCUCUUUACCAUCGCCAUCUCUACGAAAAGCUUCUACGCGUGGAUUGGAUGUGCCAGAGAAAAUCUCACCACAAGCACUUCGAGAAUCUAUCAUGGUUCUACAAGAUCAAUUACAAGAUCGUGAAUUGAAGAUUGAAGAUCUUGAACAGAAAUUGAUGGAUGUGGACCCUGACGCCUCAACAAAGAUUAGUAAACGUGAUGAUGAGAUUAGUUGGCUAAGAGAACUUCUUUCCGUACGCAAGAGUGAUCUUCAGGAUAUUGUGCAGGCCUUAUCGAAAGGAACAUAUAAUCCAGAUAAUGUUCGCGAUGCCGCUAUUCGAUUGAGUGCCAAUCUUCAGAUGGAGGAACAAGAGCGUGAAAGAGCUAUGAAUGGUGGCUCGGCUAUCAAUCUUCCUACCAUCGCGGCUUCCAUCGCAGCUAGCCCACGAGUUGCACAAGUUGCAAAUGCCGUAGGACCACUUGCCGCAGCUUGGGGAAAUUGGAGAAAUAAGAAUCAAUCAAAGGAUUCUAAUGCUCUCAUGAGUGGUGGCAAUGGCAAUGUUAAUUCAAGCGGUAGCUCAACACCAUCGAAAGCUGGAAGUUCGUCUGGGUUCCUUACUGGAUUAAUGACACCACCCGCUAGUAAUGCCAGACAGUUUCCUAGUACUCCUGGAGCACCUCCACCAGUAAUUAUUAGUAGGGAACCAACUACUUUUGUCCGAGAUAAUGCACUAAGUGCGUUCAAUGCUACAAGUCAACGAUUCGCUGCUAGGCAAGGUGGACUUGGUUCGAGAACUGCAACACCCAGGCGUGCAGACAAAGUACCAGUUAGACGAGAAGCACCAGCGACUCCACCAAUGAUGUCGAGAAGUAGCUAUGAUACUGAUGCUGUAGUGUCAAAUCAUGUUGAGUUGGGUAAUGGAAUUAGACGUGGAAGUUCACUUGGGCAACCAAGUUUGGGAAUGAGUUUGGGUGAAGAACUGGGGGAUUUUGGAAGUGAGGAAGGUUUCUAUGAUGAUGAUGAAAGUACAGUGGAUGAGAUGGCUGGAAUCUAUAGUGGAGGAUUCGGACGUUGA